GUAAUUUCUGGUCCUACCAGCCCUGCCUGUCUACCUGCUUAAACGAACCAAUUCCCGCCUCAGUCCGAUUACGACCCUCUAAUCGACCCUCUAUCGAACCCUCCUCUUGUGUUCCGGCGACUGCUUCAAGUCGUGUUACCUUCAACACUUAUCAAAAUCUCCUUUUCUCUUUCCCCUUCCAUUUCCCCUUCUACUUCUACUUAUUCUUCUCUCCCAAUCCCCGAGAUAAUCUACUAACCUACCCGUCGGCUUUGGGUACGGCACAAUUGCGAGGCAUCUGUAACAUGUUUGCGUAUAGCUACCUCGCAACGUUGAUUUAGAAAAAAAUAUAUAAAAAAAAGAGAGAGAGAGAGAAGCAAACCCUGGGAAACUUGUGCUAUUAUCCUUUGCGCACCUUGCCGCAUCUCCACGUUUUAUAUCUAAUAAUUGUCUAAAGGGAAGGCCGCUUUGAAUUAUUUUGAUAUCUCUCCGUUAGAAUUUAGCCCUUCGCCCCUUUUUGCCUACGGCUUCUGCUACUUUGACCGACAAACCGCUUCAGCCGCAUCUCAAGCUGCGAAACCCUCUCGUUAUCCAUCCGGACCCUCUGCCUCGGCCGCACGAAUCCUUUCAACCGCUCGCUUUAGGUCUCGUAUGCGAUCCUGAUACAGCCGUAGUCCGACCCCCUCAGUAAUAGAUUCCUUACAACGAAACUCGUCUAUUCACCUUUUCUAUUCAACAUGGGGUUCUUGGGUAUUUACAAGGCCGUCUACGAUUAUGCGCCACAAUCCGAAGGAGAGCUAUCAAUAAGUGAAGGCGAUAUUCUCUACGUUUUAGAGAAAAGUGCAGAGGAUGAUUGGUGGAGAGCCAAGAAGAAGGCCAGUGCCGACGACGAAGAUGAACCUGUCGGCCUGGUACCUAAUAACUACGUAGAAGAGGUGCCGCCUGUAGGGCAAGCUCGGGCAUUGUAUGAAUAUACCCGACAGACCGAUGAAGAGCUAUCUUUUCCCGAGGAUGCUGCGUUACAAGUUUAUGAUAUGUCCGACCCGGACUGGAUUCUUGUCGGGUUUGAGAACUCCUAUGGCUUCGUCCCCGCGAAUUAUAUUGAAAUGGGUGUAGCCUCGUCGGCCCCAGCUACGACACGAAAAUCUGAAUCCGGACCGGCGCCAGCACCCCAAGUUGAACCCGAGCCAGAGCCAGAGCCAGAGCCAGAGCCAGAACCAGAACCGAUACCCGUACAGAAGCCACCAUCCUUACCUGCACGAACCUCUGUUUCCUCUCCCCCAGCCGAGUCACAGCCACUCCAGAGCCCCUCUCUUCCGGACAGAAACCCUGCGGCAAGAUCUUCAGCUACCCCCGCGGCACAUCCGGGUCCAGAGGCUACUUUGGCCAAUGUGAUGCACGGCAGAAGCUCUGCUCGCGCGGCAACACCUCCGCCGGUUAUUAUACCUCCUCGUCAGCAAUAUAUUUCUGAAGAAUCUGACGGCGAACCGAGCCCCGCUCUACCAAGACGGCCACGACCCCAAUCGAGUAUGCCAAAUGACAAGCAUCGUGCGUCGGUUCACCCGCAACGGUCCACCAGCCGCCGUGACCACGAAGAGGAAUUACAACAGAAUUCGGGCCGAAUUGCUCCUGGUGGCUUUCACUUGUACAAUAUUAACGAAAUGGUAUCUAUAAUGGGCAAGAAAAAGAAGAUGCCGACGACACUGGGCGUAAACUUGAAAACGGGGGUUAUUCUAAUCGCCCCCGAGCAUGUCUCGGACGGCCCGAGCCAAGAGUGGACUGCGGAGAAGAUGACACACUACUCUCGAGAGGGCAAGCACGUAUUUAUGGAGCUCGUACGGCCAAGCAAGAGUAUAGAUUUUCAUGCGGGUGCCAAGGAUACUGCCGAGGAGAUUGUCAGCGCACUCGGCGAGCUGUCUGGAGCCGUACGGGCAGAAGGUCUACGGGAGGUUAUCAUGGCUGGAACCGGCCAAAGCGCCCAGAAGAGAGGGCAGGUUCUCUAUGACUUUGAAGCCCAGGGAGACGACGAAGUUACAGUUUAUAUAGGAGACGAAGUCAUAAUCCUUGACGACACCAAGAGCGAAGAAUGGUGGCAGGUUCGGCGCCUCAAAAACGGAAAGGAAGGAGUUGUUCCGAGCAGUUAUAUCGAGGUCACCGGGGCGAUUACAUCGUCAUCGACGUCGGGUGUCAACGCAGGCAGGUCUACCGUAGCGCAGAACCGACUAGAAGAGGCACGCUUGACUAAAGAGGCGCUCAAGAGAGACCAAAAAGCAGCAGAGGUAGGGCCUGGAAUGAUUUUGCCUGAGAGGCGUAGUAGUUUGUCGGUGAGAGAUAAUGGUAACACUUUUGGGCAACAGCGAAACCGACGCGAAAACGGCCGAUCAGAAAGCAGCCGCUCUGGUAACUCCUCGAAGCCUAAACCGGAUAUGACCAAAGUGCGAACUUGGACGGAUCGAUCUAAAUCAUUUAGUGUCGAGGCACAGUUCCUCGGGCUUAAGGAUGGGAAGAUUAACCUACAUAAGCUUAACGGCGUCAAGAUUGCAGUUCCCGUUGCCAAGAUGUCGAUCGAGGAUAUCGAGUACGUCGAGCGUAUUACGGGGAUGUCCUUAGACGAAGACAAGCCCCUAUCCGAAGUAAAGCGUUCUAUGCCUCCAAAGAACAGUUCGAACCGAGAGUCCGCUUAUAGCAAAGUUGGUGCAUCUGUCGAGCCGGCAAAGCCAGAUUACGAUUGGUUUCAAUUCUUCCUAUCUUGUGAUGUUGCCGUUGGCCUUUGUGAGCGAUAUGCUCAAGCAUUCGCUAAAGAUUCUAUGGACGAAAGCGUUCUACCUGAUGUCGAUGCGACUGUCCUGCGCAACCUUGGUCUGCGGGAGGGCGAUAUAAUCAAGGUCACACGCUACUUGGAUAAGAAGUAUGGCCGCGACGGCAAGAAAAAAGGCGUCAGCUUUUCUGGGGACGAUGAGGAUGGUUCAAGUGGUGGUCUCUUCUCGGGACCGGGCGGGACGCUCCGAAACAACACUCGAAAAGGUCGACCCGCUCCGGCUGUCCAAACUAAUGAUAAUAUAGAUCCCAAAGCAUUUUCCCAGCAGAAGGAUAACAACGGGAAAGAUACGGAAUCAUCUUCUCCUACUGCAGCUGGCUCGAAGGCUACUGGGAAGAGUGGCGGCGGGUUCGACGAUGACGCCUGGGACGUAAAGCCGACCAAGCAACAAUCAGAACCUGAAGCGAAGCCGGCUCCGACCCCUGAACCAGCUCCAGCUGCUCCUGUUCAAGGUCAGCGGCCGCCAACGCAAUCUAUGCAAGAUCUCUCUCUCCUAUCGACUCCACUAGAGCCGGUUAAGGUACAGCCGACGGCUCCAUCCCCUACCAUAACUCUACCACCACCCCAAGCCCAGCCGCAACAGACACAGCCCCAACAACAAGGAGCGACACCAGCAUUUUUCACGGGCCUACCGCCUCAGCAGACCGGUCUUCCGCAAGCGCCAGGUGUUCCGGCUCAGCCUCUCAAUCUGGGCCUUGGUAACCGGCAAAGACCUACCCCGCCUCAAGUUACCGGCGCUCAAGGUGCUCUGAUGCCGCCGCCGCCAUCACGACCGUUAUCGGCACCGCAAUCCAUGCAGCCUAGCGGGUUCGCGCCACCUCCGCUACAACCUCAAAUGACGGGUAUCGCGCCUCCAGGACAGAGCUUGAACGAACUCACUCAACAGCGAAUGCAACAGCAAUAUAUGGGCUCCUUCCAGCCACAGGCCACUGGUCAGGGCAUGAUACCGUUCAACACGGGUGCGGGCAUCCCCGCCCAGUCGGCGUUCGGAUCGGGUCAGUUCAUGCAGCCGCAGAUGACUGGGGCGCCCCAGAUACUGAGCCCAUUUGCAGAUCCCCGUCCUCAACAGUUCUCUCCAAUCCAAAACCAGCCUACGGGCUUUCCCGGCGGUUUCCAAGCACCACAGCAAUUCCCGCAACAGACAGGUAUCAACUCUUUUCUCCCUCCCGCCCUGGAACCUCAACGCACAGGUAUGCCGUCGUUGCAGCUACAGCAGACUGGCUUUGGCGGCUUUGGUCAAGGUUUCAACCCGAGCCUGAAUAACUCAUCAGCUCAGCCUCUACAGCCUGUCGCGGCUCCCCUUGUUCCCCAGCAGACAGGCCCUCCACCUCCUGUACGCUUUGGCGUUACAGAGAAAAUUGCUCCCCAGCCAACUGGACGCCGUGCGAACCUAGCCCAAGCAACCCCGGACAAUCCGUUUGGGUUUUAGAAGCCUCAUGUUCGAGGCGCUUUGGUCGAUUAGUCGUAGUAUAAAGCCAGUGUUUACAAGAGUGUUUUAUUCAGAUGACGGGUGGGUAGGCUUAAUAUAUUAGAGCACGAUACUAGUUAAGUCGUGUCCUGAAUAGUAAUCACAUAUCGCGCCGCUAAAGCUCUGUCUUCAAUGUACCUAUCUAUCUUGAGCGAGUUUGGCGGUAACAUAAUCUUGAGCCAGGAGCAGUCGCCGCGGAACUAUCGCCGCGGAACUAUCACAGAGGGGUCUCGAGAUGAUCAAGCAAGAAGGGGGUCUGAGAGAAGAAUGACAGGCCAUGUAUAGCAGCGGCAGCGGCAGCAGCAGCAAUAGCAGGGGUUCGAGGCUGAAAGUAGACAUUGCUUGGACACGGGUUUACCUACAAAGAAAGAAGAAAGAAUGUAUGGCCUCUUCUCCAUCCAUAUAUUAUACCUUAUAUAUAUACAUUUUAACUAUUAUUUUUCUGAACUGGAGGGCUUUGAAAUGUACUUAGCUACCUACCCAGAUAAUUUAUUAUACGUUAUAGUGGCAUAGGGGUGCGCAAACUCUUAUAACACUUCAGGUACGUACCUUAUAAGUCUGGAAAACACCCAAAACUAUCACAUACGACCAUAGGAUCUGGAAAACUCGGGAUCCCGUCUGCUCUCCUCAUCGAUAAGCCAGAUACCGCCAGAUUAGUAGUUGGGUCGGUGACGAC